UUUGCUGGAAUGGGCAAUCUUCUUAAGGUCCUUACAAGGGAUAUCGAAAACUAUCCGCAUUUUUUCCUGGAUUUUGAAAAUGCACAACCUACUGAUGGAGAAAGAGAAGUGUGGAAUCAGGUCAAUGCUGUAUUGCAAGAGUCUGAAGAUAUACUGGCAGACCUACAGGAGUACAAAGGAGCAGGACAAGAGAUAAGAGAUGGAAUACAAAAUCCAAAUGAUAAUCAGCUUCAGGAGAAAGCCUGGAAUGCAGUUUGCCCUUUGGUUAUAAAGCUAAAAAGGUUUUAUGUGUUUGCAGUAAAAUUAGAAAAGGCACUGCAAAGCUUGCUGGAAUCCUUAACUUGUCCACCAUAUACCCCAAUUCAGCAUUUGGAAAGAGAGCAAGCCUUAGCAAAGCAGUUUGCUGAAAUUUUGCACUUUACUCUUCGUUUUGAUGAACUUAAGAUGAGAAAUCCAGCAAUACAGAAUGACUUCAGUUACUACAGAAGAACAAUUAGCCGUAACAGGAUCAAUAACUUGAAUUUAGAUAUUGAAAAUGACGUAAAUAAUGAAAUGGCCAACAGAAUGUCCUUAUUCUAUGCAGAAGCUACACCAGUGUUAAAAACACUCAGCAAUGCUACAUCAAGCUUUGUGUCAGAGAAUAAAACUCUUCCAAUUGAGAAUACAACAGAUUGCCUAAGCACUAUGGCCAGUGUAUGUAAAGUUAUGCUGGAAACACCGGAGUACAGAAGUAGAUUCACCAGUGAAGAGACCUUGUUGUUCUGUAUGAGAGUAAUGGUGGGCGUUAUUAUCCUCUAUGAUCAUGUUCAUCCAGUGGGUGCAUUUGCAAAGACGUCCAAAAUUGAUAUGAAAGGAUGUAUAAAAGUUCUGAAAGACCAACCUCCAGAAACCGUGGAAGGCCUUCUGAAUGCACUAAAGUUCACUACAAUCCAUUUGAAUGAUGAGUCCACAUCUAAACAGAUUCGAGCUAUGCUUCAGUGAUGCCUUUCAAGAGAAGAGGAUCUGUUCCUGACCUCAGAAGAUGUAUAUGUUUACAUAAUUUAACUGAAAGUGAUGCUAAUACUUUGUAUGUGUUUGUGUACUACCUGUAUCCAGAUCACUAUGUACUAUAAACUGAUUUUGCAGCACAAGUUGUCAAAAUACAUCUCUAAAACUCUGUCAGUCCUUUAAACCACAGUAGCUGGAGAUGCAGAUUGUAUUGUAUAGCAGAAUAAAUAAGUGUAGUUACUUGUGUAUCUAAAUAUGACCAAUGUUAAGUAAUACGUUACUAUUCUGCUGUUGCAGAAAGUGUUUGUAAAAAAACAGUAAGCAAGCCACAAGGUAGUUAGAUCAUAAAGAAAAUAUCUUGCAGAAGACAUCAUUUGCCGUGUUCUAUGUAUAACUUAAUUUGUAGCCUUCCCUUGGUAAUAUCACUGGAGUUUCAUAACAUUAAUGCUGGACAUGUCCUAGCAGUUAUAAAAAUGGAGGAUGUUGGGCAUUUCUCAGUUGUUGCCCUCUCCUAAUGUUA